GAAGGACGGAAUAAUCUUCCAGCUACAGUAAGAGACGACAGAUUUGAGCCGCAAUGCCAGCACCUGGUGUGUGUUUAAAUAUCUUAUCGGAGCGUAAUCUCAAAGAUGGACAGGGCUCUCCCAACAAUCCUGAGAAGUUCCUGGAUCAGGACUUCCACCGGCUCAAGCAAUUCUGCCUGAAGGAAAAACUGAGAUUCGUAGACAACUUGUUCCCACCAGAGAUGAAAUCAAUCAGUCUGGGUCCCCUGAAGCGUGAAGACCUUCAGAGAGUGGUGUGGAGGAGACCACAUGAACUGGUGCCAAACCCUGUUUACAUUGUUCAAGGAGCUUCAAGGUUUGAUUUUAUCCAGGGUCGAUUAGGAAACUGCUGGUUUCUGGCAUCCGUUGGAGCUCUAACAUUUCAAAAACGAAUCAUGAAGCAGGUUAUCAAUGAUGAACAGAAUUUCUCUGUGGAUUAUGCAGGAAUCUUUCACUUUAAGUUCUGGAGGUUUGGAUCAUGGGUAGAUGUUGUUAUUGACGACAAACUACCAACCAUUGAUGGCCGACUUGUCUUUGUUCAGUCCAAAACACCAAAUGAAUUCUGGCCUGCUUUAUUAGAGAAAGCUUAUGCUAAAGUGUGUGGCUCGUAUGCAGAUAUGGAUGCAGGAAACAUAUCCGAAGCUCUCAUGGACUUCACCGGUGGACCACACAUGACCAGUAAACUAAAUGAUGUGUCAGGAAAGCUUUGGGACACCAUGAGACGAGCCGGCCAAUCAGAAUCCCUGAUGGGAUGUGGUACUCCUGGAGGGCAAGCAGGUCUACUGCAAAAUAACGUGUUACCCAAUGGUCUUGUGGAAAUGCAUGCGUACGCUGUCACAGGAGUUGCAGAGGUUGUAUGUAAAGGUCGUCCAGUGAAGCUGGUGAGGAUCUUAAACCCUUGGGGUCACGGAGAGUGGAACAGAGACUGGAGCGACAAAUCCCCUUUGUGGGAACUUGUACGUCCUGAGGACCAAAAACACAAAGUUGUACUUGACAACGGAGAAUUCUGGAUGUCAGUGGAGGAUUUCUGCAGGAAUUUUUCAGAUUUGGAUAUAUGUUGUUCUGAUGUAAAAGUUCUUACUGGAUCGUAUUCUUCCUCCUGGAAAACUGAAGUGCACAGAGGCCAGUGGGUGUUAGGAACAACAGCAGGAGGCUGCUCAAAUGACAUAGACAGUUUUUCAAGCAAUCCCCAGUUCCGUGUGACUCUUAAGGAGACUGUUGAAGACCCCAGAGAUGAAAGCUCUCCAAAUCUCCUCGUGUCUCUCAUUCAGAAAUCUCACAAGAGAAACCGGCACCUGGCCACCAAUUUCCAUAUCGGCUUUAACAUUUAUGAGGUGCCUGCUCAUUUAAAGAAUCAAAGGGAAAAAUUCCCCGCCUCAUUCUUCAGAAACGCCCGUCUUGUUGGAAAAAAUGAAUCCUACAUCAAUGCUCGGGAAAUCAUGGAGUUUUUCCGAUUUAAAGCAGGCGAAUACCUCAUUGUUCCUUCAACUUUCCAGCCAAAUGAAGCUGCAUCUUUCCUACUGACAGUCUAUUCAAAGACAGAAGCCAUCAUUGAAGACAGUUCUGGAUAUGGCAUGACAAGGAAAAAGAUGAUUCUCAGGGAUAAUGAUGAAUCCUUCCAGCUUUUUCCACAAUAUGCUGAUAAGUAUGGAGAGGUGGACGCUGAGCGACUUCAAAGACUUCUGAAUGAGAAUCUUUAUGCAGGACAUUCACAGAAGACAACAGGAUUCAGUUUGGAUUUGUGUAAGAGCUUGGUGGCUCUGAUGGAUCUCAGUGUCACUGGAAGGCUGAGUGAAUUUGAAUGCCUUCGUUUGUGGAAACGUGUUGUUUUUCUAAAGGACAUUUUCUAUGGCAAGGAUGUUUCACGCACUGGAAGUCUGUCUCUGAAUGAACUCCGAAAUGCUCUUACGAUUACAGGGUUUGUAUUGAGUGACAGUAUGCUGAAUCUCAUGGCUCUACGAUACGGUGACUCUAAUGGUGAAAUUACACUGGAAAACUUUAUUGUGCUCGUCCUGCGCAUGGAUUGCAUGGCCAAAACAUUCAAGAGACUCGCUGCUGGAGGGCCGAACAUGAUGCUGGGGGAAAAUGAAUGGAUGCAUCUCACCAUGUACUCGUGAUCCAGAUGAGACUGAGAGAAUGGAUCCUGGACAGACUUCUGAGACCUCCCUGAUAACAUACAGCAA